CGACUUAAGGUACCGUAUGACAAUCAGGAGCACUCAUAUUCAUAAUCGUCUGCAAAAAGAGGGAUAACCCGUGCUCUAUGAGUUCAUCUACCGGUACUGUGGAGAGAUCGGCCCCCAAAACUAUUGACACCCAAAAUCCGACCGUCUGUCAUCUUCCAGGUCGCGGAGAACCCUUGUUCUAUGAUGCGCAAACCGAGUACUACCACAGGUCACAAUUUUAAAAUGAGACGGGAUCUAAAUUCGAUUCGCGAUUGGUCAGAAACAGCCGGCAAAAGUAGAGGUGGUGAUUUCCUUGAUGUGCAGAGCAAUCACAAAUCACCCAAAAAUCACGAAACGAAACAUCAAAUCCAAUCAAUAGUUUGUGUUUUAUUUUACAAUUGCAACAACGACUGGAAGCAACUAUUUUUAGUGUAAGGGCCGGUCGGUCAGGGCAUGGCAUGCCGAACUUCAACUUUUCUCUUUACUAGUAUUCCAAAGUUAUGAAAUGACAAAACGCUCUCUCUGAUAAUCAUUACAAAUAGUAAUAGAAUACACCGGCAUUACCGUACCAUCAACACUCUGAGCACUUCGUACAACCUAAAAUUCACGUAUGUUGUCAAGCCAACGCCACAAGCAAAAUCCGAACCAUCCGCAACAAGAAAAUCAUCAAUAGAAGAGAAGUGAAACAAAUGUAAGCUGCAUAAAGUGAGCAAGUGUGACGUACGAGACAACACCGUCAUUCGCUUUGUUUCGCUCCMUCAUUACUCACCUAUCAGCUUUUCCAAUUGUCUUCGGCGGUCCGGCACAGCAACACGCAACAAUGACAAGGCUUUCAACGCCACCAAAAUCGAAGAAUCGGCUCGGCAUUGCCGACAGCAAUGUCCGCCCCAUCGAAGGCAACCGCAGGAGCCAAAACAUACCCCUUCCAAUGUCUCACAUGCAUCGAACUCAGUCCGAGGUACAGCUUUGCGAGGAUAUGGAAACAGCCGAACAAAGAGACCUGAAUAUGUUUUACCGCGUGGUAAAUGGUAUCCGCGAUCGGCAGAUGCAACUGGUGCGAGAGAAUAAAUCUUCCGUUGCUGCCGCUGCAUUCUAUAAUCCGGCGCAUGGUCUAACGGAAGCGGAACGUAGUCUCGCUCAUAUAAUCCAUACCAGGAACGCUCCGUUAGAUAGAAAGAAUGGCAGGGACAACAGCAGCAACAACGCAAGACGAACCAAUUUGAACCUCAUUGGAGCAUCAAACCCACAACAAAUCCAUACCGGUUUGAAUUCAGGAGUGCCAAUCCUUGAAGAUCAUUCCGAGUGCGAUCUGAUGGAACACGAGAAGGAAUCAUACGAAAGGACUGGUGCUGAGGACAACGAGUGGUCCGUCGCCGGGUUCGAUAAUGAUUCUCCAAACACAAAAAUGUCCCUCGAUAGUCGGCAAAACGAGCACUACCAAUACCAUCAGAACCUUUAUCAGCAAGAAUCCACUGUUUACCACGAUCAAGGUGUGAGUGCUGCUGCUCCUAUGUAUGAAAAACCAACCAACACUCUGAGUACCGCAACCCUGAACCCUUCACGAUCCUCGAGCAACAUUGUGGAUGAAGGAAUGUUUGAUUUUGAGUUAUAGCAGACACAAACUGGCGAACGCGGGAAGAUCUUCGUUAGAACCACAAAAACGAAUAAAGCAACAACAACAGUCACCAUACAUCACUACAGCAAUACGGACGCACCCAAACUUCGCUACAGAUAUGCGGCAAAGCCCGCUUCAAUGGCGAACAACAAUAUCGCAACAAAAACAAAUCACAUACAUCACCCAAUGCUAUGCUAAGCUAUUUUGAAUACAACGAAUAAUAAAUCACGCAGCUAACAUACAUGUUUUUCAUCGUAUCGAAAACACGGAGGAAUCCACCUACAACGGGUUCACCCUAAUGCAACAUCACACCCUUUUGAUUUAACCACGGUCAACCACCGGAACGGAAUCGAUACGAUUCAUAAUUAGCAAACUAACAUCUUAAUAGAAUUAAAACUAAUGC